UGGUUUGCAAGUUGCAGUAGAGCAGAGAAGAUUAAUGGCAUUUCUUCAUUCAUACAUUUUCAAAUGGUUGACUUUAGGCCUAUGCGCCGCCUUCAUUACCCACCGACUCAUUUCAUAUUUAAAAACCAAUUUGAUAUGUUCUCCGCCGCUCCAAGUUUAGGUUUUGUUGGAUUCAUUCAGUUCAUACCCAAAAGUUUGAUCUUGGUAUAGUCACAGGGAUUCAUUCAGUUAAUACCCACAAGCUUGAUCUUUGCAUAAUCACAGGGAAUCAAAUUGGAGUUUCAUAGAGAAAAGAAAAGGAUUGUUUGGGCACGCUGUUUUUUUAUAGAUUUUCCAGUCUGAAUUUGGACCUGUAUGAAGAACGCUUACGCAGAUUCAGAGGAGCCAUCAAACCCUAAGCGCGCCAGAUUUAACAGUUCAUUUCAACAGGAGUGGAACCCUAAUGCAUACACAGUAUGUUCACAUAAUCCAAUGGAUGAGCAGAGACUGGGUCCAUUGGGAUUAAAGCUGAGGAAAAGUCCAUCCUUGAAAGAACUUAUUGACAGGAGUUUAGGGCACAAGCACAGAGAAACUUUAGAGGAUGUGAAAAGUUCGGCAUGGGACAUGGCUAAGAACAUUACCUUUGAGGAGAAGAAGAAAGCCUCUAACUUCUCAGCCCUAGCUCUGAGAAUUGGUGCAUGGGAGUAUGUUUCAAGAUUUGAAGGUGACUUGGUAGCAAAAUGCUAUUUCUCAAAACGAAAGCUUGUUUGGGAAGUAUUGGAAGGUGGGUUGAAGAGCAAGCUAGAAAUUCAAUGGGGAGAUAUCUCUGGUCUUAACGCAACCUGUCCUCAAAAUGGGCCCGGCACCCUUGAAAUAGAGCUAUCCAGGCCGCCCAUGUUCUUCAAGGAAUCUGAUCCCCAGCCAAGAAAGCACACAAUAUGGCAGGCUACUUCUGACUUCACCUCUGGUCAAGCUACUCUUUACAAGAGACAUUUGUUGCAGUUUGCUAAAGGACAGCUUGAGAGGCAUUACCAGAACCUUAUUCAAUCUGAUGCUCGCUUGAACAUGCUAAGUAAGAAAGGUUUAGCAAACAGGGAUUCUCCAUUAUUUGACACAGGAUUUUCAGACCAAUGCAGUCUUUAUUUGAGAUUGCUGCAACAGAAUAUAUCUCCUGUGAAACCACACUCUGCAUAUAUGAACAGUGGCAGUUAUUUGCCACCUUUGACAUGUUCAUCAGAGGCAGAACAAAGUAAUAUAUCUGACGUUGGACAAGUGGAGAAUGAGGAGAGUUUUUCUGGCUUUUCAGUUUCGACCAGCGAGGAGAAAAAUUCAUGGUCGUCUAGGAGAAACACAAAGCUUGAUGAACUUGCACGAUACUUACUGGAUGACAGCAUAUUAUAAUCCAAUUUACCUGACAAGCCAUUUACUGAUAGAUUUAAAUAUAAUCUGGGUUAUCUUCACCCUAAAGAUUGUAAUUACAUGAUAAACAGAAUUUCAUUCAAUAGAAAGAAAUAUAUGUAUUCGGGAUAAAAUGAAAGCAUUUCCCAGCUAAUAGAUUCUUCACCCAAAAGAUUGUAAUUCCAUGAUAAACAAAAUUUCAUUCAAUGGAAAGAGAUAUUUGGGUUAAAUUGGAACCAUUUCUCAGCUUACAUGGGUGUCGGAUAUACAAU